UUCAAAUUGUAACGAGAUUGUCCGUUAGGAAAGAGUACCUAUGCUAGCUUUAUGUUAGUCGAGUCGUUAUUGUUGAAAUUUUACAUCUAGCACAGAUAUUUAUUAUAAAAAUAUGGCCCAAACAGAUGUUUUUAAUUUUCAAGCUCCUCAGUUUAUAGAAUCUUUAUCUGAAGUUAAAUUGGAUGAUGGCGCUGAUACUUUCUUUGAUGCUACCGAAUCUUCCCCUGAAAAUGAUGUUCAAGAUAGUAAUGAAACGAAUGGAUCAGCAGAAAGUAAGGACAAUAAUGAUGGUGAAGAAGAAACUUGUGUGAAAUCCGUUAUCGGAGAAGUUUCAGAUUCCAAAGAAAAUGUUAAAGCGAAAUCAAAGAAUGGAAUUCCUUUAAAAGAAAAUGAUGAAAAUGUGGAUCCUGAAUUGAGUUCUAAUGGACCCGUUACAAGGCUGCAGAGAAUGUCAAUGAAAACAAAUGGAUCACUAGGUUUAAAAAAUCAAUCUAAAUUCCUGUCUGUUGCCGAACAAAUUCAUAAAUUCCAUCAUAGUACACCACCUAGAUUCAAAAGAAAAUCAACUAUGUUCAAGUCAAAGAGCUGCAAGUUUCUUCCUACAGUUGCACAAUCACCUCAACUGAGGACAAAAAUUAGAGCUGCUAGGCCUAGUACAGCACCUACAAUAAUAGUACCUGAUGAAAAGGAGAGGUCAGUAAUUAAGAAAAAGGAAGUUAUGAAACGAGUUGCUACUAUUAAACCAAUUCCUAAGCCACCAACCAUUCCAGUGCCAUUUAAUUUAACAAUGCCAGGAAACAAAAAACAGGAGGAAAAAAAAGAAGAUAAAACCGAAAAUAUGAAAGAGACUAAUGUGAAGGAUAAGAAACAAAUUGAAGGUACUCCAAGGACAAUGUUAAGAAAACCUAUACCACCAAAGAAAAAACAUUUGGAGAUACAAGAUAAUAAAAUAACAGUGAAAGAAAGUUGGCGGGUUACUGGAAUUAAAGCUAUACAAAAGCCAAAUAGUACAACUAAAACUGUUCCUUUCAGUUUUGAAAAGCGGAAUCAGGAGAGGCUAAUGGAAAAACAAAAGAAAAUUGAAGAAGAACAAAAUAAGGCUGCAUCUGGUUCAGCUAUCCCAAGAAAAUUACCAAGAGCGAGCGUAGCUUCACAUUCUGGCAUCGCUAAGCCUUUGUCUCAGGGUAAAAAUGAAAGUAAAUCUACUGGAAGACUUUCAAGGAAUAACGCUAAAUAAUCUUUUUGUCUAAAAUUAUGGUUGUUCCAUAAUAUCAAAGACCAUUAUAAUAUAAUAUAAAUACUGAUUUGUAUUCCAUAGGAUAUUAAAUAUUUUAAAUAUGUUUUUAUUUGUAUUAUAGAUUGUUGUUACUCAAAAUGACGUAACUUGAUGUAAUUAAAGUAAUAUUGUUAAGAUUCAGAUAUAUUUAUUGUUAAUAACAAAUAUUAUAAUUAGUUUAGCUUUUUAUUAAAUGAUAAA